GUUAUCUUGACCUAAAGUUAUCGAAAGUCCGGUCAAAGUUCUUUUUUGUCCAGCACGUGCUUAACGAGGUUUGCAAAAUGGGAAGUCUGAAGAAAUUAAUUGGGUUACCAUUGGAAGUUCAUGAUUUAAUAUUCGAGUUGCUUGGGAACGUCGAAUAUAAGCUGAAUUUGGCUAGAGUGGAUAAAGUGCUGGCUGCAGCAUUUAAGUACCAUAGCCGAUAUGAAUUCAAGUGCUUGGACGUGGAGGAAGUUCCAUUUCGGCUUUGGGGAGCUCUACUUCCGCUAUGCGGCUCCACAAUUCGGCAUGUUGAGACCAAAAAUGACGAGAAUAUCAGUCCGCCGUAUGAGUUAAUAGGGCUCUAUUGCCCAAAUCUGGAGUCCGUAGGAUUUUUUUUAAACUCCCGAAACCGCGGAACUGUGGGCAAAUUUAUUAGAAACAUGAAAAACCUCAAAGAAAUUUCUGUUGAUCUCAAAAAUGCCUCUCCGAAACUUCUGAGAUUUAUUAAAGAUCUUCCUGACUUGGAAGAAAUAUAUUUAUAUAAUGAACUCAGUUCAGAAUUAAGUAUCUAUGAAGGUGCAAUGGGUACGUGGUUGGAUAAUAAUGAAUAUCCGACAUUUUUGCCUAAGCCUGUCAACCUUCAUGAUACAUUUUCGUCGCUUAAAAAACUACGGUUUUUGGCAUUGAGUGGAUUUAAUCUAUGUUCGCGAGAAACCAAAGAUGAAGUCAACUUCCCAGCAUUAGAAGUACUUUUACUUGACUGUUGUGUUAUCUUAAGCGAUAUACCAGUGAUGCCAAAGCUGAAAACCUUAGGUGUUUACGGUCUAGAGACGAAAGAUUCCUCAAACUAUAAUUGGAUUUCGAAAAAUGUAAACCAUUUGGAAUGUUUGGCAAUAUGUUUCGAUCAUGCAAACGUUUUGGAUGUCGUUAGACGUUGCUCAAAUCUUAAAAUACUAAUAAUCGUCUUCCCUGCCGAAAACCGUGAUUUGUUUAAAGCAUAUUAUGAGACUUUAACUGAUGUACCCGAAGUUUCCGAUCAGAUGCUUUCCGAAAUCUCACACAUAGUUAUCCGCAUCGAGGAUGGAAAGCGAACCGUAACCUUCCUUACAGAAGAGUUUGAAUAUCAAUGAAUUUUUACUUUGUAUAAACUUUUGUCAGAUUACAUUUUAACAGUGAAUCAUAUUAAUUUAAGCCAGGAAAUAUGUACGCUGAGCACACCAAAACACUUGGUUACCAAAAUAAAUUUAAUAAAA